UGUCACACACUCGCCUACCUGGCCAAAAGGUGACAUUUUUUUGUGUGUCGAAAGGGGAGAGAAGGCGUACGCGAACACACUGACACACAACACAUUAUGUGCUUUUUCGUUAGUCGUGCAUGAACAUUCUUUCUUCGCAAAACGGGUAGGCCUACAGACGGCUAUUUUUAAAUGUGAACACAUUUCAUACCAGACUGCUGGUGGAUUAUUCUAGGUUAGAUUGUGUGUGACUACGAUUAAAUUGACAUAAAUUUCAUUUGCUUAAUUUUCUGAAGUUACCCGGGACCUAAAUAUAUAGAUCUAAUUCAAAAUCUGAAAUCGGACUACAAUUUUGAAUAGUGUACUUCAUACUUAGAUCUACCUACAGGACAGAUUUAGACAUCACAUAGUUCUAUCACUGAAGACAUAGUUUCACUGGAGUCUUAUUUCGACUAAACUUGGAUCGGAUUACAUUUCGUUGUUGAUAAUUAAUUGUUGCCAUCACGAAGGAUAAACACUUUAAAUUUCUGACUUGAAGGGAGAUAAUCGACUUUAACAAAGUCUAGAUCAUCACUUCUCUUGAAACUUGUUCCCACAAAAAAGUGCCAUAAUGGGUAUGUGGAGCCAGAGAGCUAGCAUCUACAAGGUGACUCUUCUCUUCAACUACUUCAUCUUCCUGGUGUACGCCCUCGCUUUCUGCAUCCCAACCUGGUGGGGCGUCACUUACUUCCAAGGUCUUUGGGUCGGAUGUUUGGGGACUGACACUGCUAAGAUGACCAACUGCUCCAAAAAGGCUUUUGGUGAUGAUGUUGUUUGGAUGGAUGGUGUACGAGGUGUUUGGAUUGGUGGCAUGGCCUGCUACCUCCUGGCUGUCCUGUACAGCCUGAUACAGAACUGUUGCGGGGAUCCUGACAGCAAGGAUUAUGGUUUUACUGGAGUCAUGACUAUGUUGGCUGGGUUAUGUGGAGCAGCUGGUGUGAUUGUUGUGGCCAUUGAGGUCGAGAUAAAUAUCAAUGCUAGUGAGCUACUCCCCGCCACCAAGCAGUACUACUGGGGUUACAUGCUGGCUUGUAUCGCAAGUGGACUUGCCCUGAUCCUGGCGCUGAUUCUCCUCAUCACAUGCAACAUCAGAACCAACGACAAGGCCUCAGCGUCCAGGACUGCGGAUUACGUGUUCAACCAAACCCCAGCCAACCCGUACGGCCCAGAGUACACCAACCACGCAUUCAACCGUGAUGAAAUCCCACUAGCCAACGGCGUGACGCACAAGCACGUCCCAGUCAACAACCCAUACUCCAUGUACGGGAACGGUAAUGGGCCUCAACACCCCAGAAACGGCGCCCCCUAUCCAAGCUAUGUCGGCAAUGGUUACGAAAUUACAAGACCCAACCAGCGCAACAGUUACGCUGAGUCAGCAGACCUCAGCAAUGGAUACACGACAGAGUUAAUCCAAGCGGAGCACACGCUGAGUAGGUCAAAUUUAAAUCUGGCCGGGCGCGGGGAUGGAAAUUAUGCCAGAAAUGACACCAGGGCUGACUAUGUUAUGAAUGGCAACAAGCGGUAUUAAAAAGUUUCGUCAUGGUCAUAAUUCUACAACUAAGAUAAAUUUGAUACAGCAACAUUAUUUAGUUAAUUUUAAACAAAUCAAAGUUGGAUACACAUAGGUAUUCUGUGAAGUUGCCACGUUUUUAAAGAUAAUCAAAAAACUGAAAAUUUGCCUGUAAUUCAUAAAAAUAGGUUAAUUAUUUUGUAAAAUGUAAAUGUAAUGAUUUACUAGUAACUAGAGGUGAAUUUAUUUUUAAACUUAAAAUCUAUGCAAAUUUAAUUUAAAUAUCUCUAUAAUUCGGUAUACCUGCAUGCUAAAAAAGUUAAUUGAUAAACAAUUAAAGAAAUUUGGCUUUAAAAUGCGGAAACAUUUUUUGAAGGAGGUUCUUAAUUGAUAUUUUUUGUUAGAGAUUGUAGGCCAUAGUACAACAAAAAUAACAAUUCUAGAUACAUUAUUUCUAGAUGUAGAUUAUUACUUUGUCAAUAAUUAAUUAUUCAUUUUAACAUAUUUUUAAAACAUUAUGAAAUGUCAUUUAAAUUUAAUUCUCAAAAAAAUUAUUGUAACAUCAGACUCUUUGUCCAACCAAUGAGCAGAGAUUUACAAGUAAAACUUUUGAGACUUCUUAAUUAAUACAAACUUCUUAUCAAAUUCUUUUUUACUGGCAAAUUUCAGUUAAAUAAAACAUAAGGCUAGCUAGUUUCAAGAGCUUUAAAUAUAUUUCAUUUCAUUUUCAAUUAAGGUCUAAAAUUUAAACAUUGAUAUCUAGGCUAAGCAUUAAAAAAUAUUUUUUCAUUUAAAAUUAGCUCAAUUUAAUUUUUUAUAAUUAAAGAGCUCUAAAGACAGUUUUUUUUAAAACUUUGGAGCUGGAGAGUCAAAAUUAGUUUUGGUCGAAUACAAUGUAAAUCAUACUGAUGUUAAAUAAUGUACUUUCUAAGCUUCUGAAAGCUUGUGAAAUCAUUCUGGGUAAGCUUUUGGAUGUUAUGUUUGUAUAGUUGAGUACUUUCACUAGAUGUGAGGAUGAGUUCUUUCUGGGACGUCUGACUAAUGAGUGGUUUGUCUUGUAUCAGGGAAGUAUUAGGACUGUUGUUGCCAUGCUGUGCCUCAAUAUAUAUCCAAUCAUGUUCACUUCCAGUUUGUCAUGUGAUUGGAUGAAUGAGUAGUGUUCUUCAAGUUGUGAAAUGUGUGUGGUGGGGGGGACAGGUAUGAGAAAUUAUGAUGUAUUGAUGACCAAAAAAAGCAUGACAGAAUAUUGUGCAACCAAAAAUUUUGCCAACAGAAAAAUGUGCAAAUGUAAACUCAUUGUACUAAUAUAGCAACAUUUGUUUCAUAGAAAGAUCUUUUAUUAUGCUAGAUUUUACAUAUGGUCAUUUUUUUUUACUAAUAUCUUUUUUAGUUAAAAAUAAAAUCCAUUGCGCAUUUUUCUGUUGCUCUUUUUUUUGUGAACUGACCUUUUCUGACUGUCAAAAGGGAUUUGUUGAUUAUUGUUGCUUAAUGUUUACUAAAGCAAUUUUCUGAUGGUAAAUCUUGUUUGUUUGCUUUGAUGAAAGGAGCAUAGUAAGAGGUGUGCAAGAUAUUGAGGUAGAUUACUUAUGGUUAUGUCUUUGCUACGAACUUUUUUUUAUUAUUAUUAGAAUAAUAGUGUACACUGAAAAGAAAUAUUGUAAUCGUCAAAUAACAUUACAAAGUGUUGAAUUUUUAAACUGAGUACACGGCUUAUAUCAUUGUUGGUACUUAAUUAAACCUUAAUCAAUGCAAUAUAUAAAAAAAACAUUCCAAUAGCACUGAGGUUUAUUCUUUUGUUUUGUAAAUAUUUCACACUUAAAAAGAAUAAUAUUUCUGUUUUUGUAUUGCCAUGCUACUCAAACAGUAUCAAAAUUAUGCCAAAUUUCAUUUGUAUAUGUUUCAUAAUCUUCUCACAAUUUGUUUGUUAAAUACAUUUCAUACUUUGUAAUUGCAUUACCUCUCUGACUGCUGUAUAGCUGCAAAUCAUUUUUUUACUGCUAGUGUUUCCAAACUUGGCACUAUGUGCAUUACUUUUCAGACUGCUGUAUAGCAUUAUUGUACUUGCCCAGAUUUGGCAUUUUCAGCCUUUGUUUUUUUUUUUCAGAAAAAGUUCUGUGAUAUUUCAUAAUAUUAAAUUUUAAAAUCAUCUAAAAAUGUUAGGAGAUAAGUUUUUUUUUUAUUGCUUUUGUAAAAACUAAUUUUAGAUUGAGAAUUAAGGCUUCGGCAAGUUAGAACCAUUUUUUUUAUACACCUGUUAAAUAAUUACUAUUACUGCUAUUAUUCAUAACCUACUCAUUAAUAUAUGUAUACUGGUAAGUUAUCUCUAUCAUUUAUACUGUACAGGCAUAUGCCCAUUAAUUCAUACAUAUCAGGCAUUUGCCCAUUUCUUAAAUAACUAAUACUGGUCAUACUUAUGGCAUGAAUUUUAGUACUGAAAAAAUACAUUUUUUUUUAUUAUAAGCUGGAUCAUUAAUUUAUUACUGGUAUGUAUUUGUACUAUCAUGAAACUAUUAAAUACUAUAAAUUAUUUCUCUAAAAAAUGUUUUUCCA